CCGCGCCUUCUUGUGGCCUCAGGUACAUAUCGUCAGAGCUCUAAGCUCAUACGAGACCUUGAAAUUAGCCGCUCUCUGGACAAUUGUACUGUUGCGGCUCUGGCGACAAGGCGGGAUCUGGCCUCACGAUCACUUUCGUCUCUGUUCUACGACACGGCACCCCGCUGCUGCUGCUGCAAAGCUCGCAGCCGCUCUAGGUUCAUAUUCGGAUACCCUCCAGCUUCUCUGCAUCGUUCAGCAGCAGGCUGCAUACCCACCUUCCUUGUCCACGUCCCUGCUAGCGGAAGAAUAUGAACGGAGUCCGACGCUUCCUCGCCGGGGGCACCGCGGCCUCCACCCCACCCACUGCGACAUCUCCCCUCCCUCCAUCAACCCCCCCGCCGACAAACCCCUUGAACCUGCCGUCUAAACCAUCAUGGCCACCCACAUCGUCACCACCACAGAACGGUGCCGCGCUUGCGGACGGUUUGAAUUCCACCCCCGCGCUUUUCUUCCGCAAGGACCGGUCUCGUACGACAAAUGGGGCGGGGGGCUCGGCGAAGUCGGACGAGGAUACAGGCAAUUCGUCCUUCCAGUCUUCACGAGACUCCGUGGGGUCUGGUAGGACGUCGACGCAGCCGUCCUCGCCCGUUGCGGGGCCAUCGUCCCCAAGGAUGCCCAUACCGAUACGGGUCGCGGAGCUAUCGAGGAAGCCAGUGGACGGGGAGAAGAGGAACAGCGUGGUGUUCAGCUCAAAGGACGAUCUACUGUUGAGUCUGCUGGCGAGUGAGGCGAUCGUGGAUAGUAGGGGGUUCGACAUCUUGAGUGCGGAGGAGGUCGAGGAGCUCAAGAAGGAGUACCAAGUGCUCUCCUCACGAUUGGUCGCGUUGUCGAAGAAGCUCACACUCGAGACGAAGAUUCGGGACGCCGCCGUGUCAUUGUCUAAGGCGAAUUCUUCGUUCAAAAACGUUUCGAAGCAGACAUCCGAACAGCUCGAGACCGCGAACCGCAAGGUCGACGCUGCACAGAAGGAGCUAUGGCGCGUCUCGGAGAAGGCGGGCGAGAUCAAUCGCAGGCUGCUCGAACACCGCGCGGGCGUACUCAGCUAUUCGGUACGGAGUUUGGAGAAGAAGAUGGCACCCCCAGAGGCGAACGGCAACGGAGAUCUCAGUAUUUCAGGACGCAGUACGCCAAACCGGAAUUCUGCCAUGAGCCCCACACAAUCCUCUGCGACCAGCGCACACUCCAGCUCAUCGCGGUCACGAUUUGACGGUGCACAUUUCUUUGCUGGACAUUCAGACGCCAUCGUACCCGUCACCCCGAAAGGUGCCGCAUCAUCAGCCGAGGUCGCGGCAUUGCAGGAGCAACUCAAGGCCGCGCAAGCAGCAUUGGACGCCUCGAAUGCACAACAGGCGAAGCUAGCGAAGGAGCUAUCUUCCCUACGCUCCGAGAAACAGGUGAUGGAAACAUCGAAGGCGGCGGAGUUAAGACAAGCCGAGGACAUGAUUGCGGCAUUGGAGCGGCAGAUGGGCGAGAUGCAAGGUCUCGGGGACAGGGUAGGGAAGCUCGAGGAGGAGAAGCGGACGUGGACGAGUGAGCGGACAGAGCUGGAGAAGAAGCGGCUGGAGGUGGAAAGACUCGAGCGGCGGCUGGAACUGUUGGAGGAACGGAACGGAGAGCUGACGGAAAUCGAGCUAGCACUGGCGAAGGAGAAGCGGAAGAUCGACGAUAAGGAUAGGGAGAUUGCGGAGCUCAAGGCAGAGCGGGCGUCGCUGCUCACGGAGAGGGCGUCGUUGCAGCUCGGCGGGGAGAGCAAGGCACAGUUGGACAGGAGCGUGGACGCGAUUCAGGAGCUCAUGAAGAAGCACGGCGUCAGUCAUUACUCGCGAGACAUCACCGUCGUCGGCUUGGCGAACUCCAUUGGGAAGCACCUGGAGGACGUCAAGGCCAAGAUGGACUCCCACUCGAAGGCACAGGACGAGUGGAACGCCCAACGGUCGAAGAUGGAGAUAGAUCUUCGCAUCGGGAUGGACAAGCGUGAGCAGCUGGACAACCAGUUAGACGAGGUACGGAAAGAGCGGGACGCUGCCAAGGCAGAGGUCAGAUCACUGGAGAACCGACUCAAGGAGAUCGAAGAUGGCAGUGGCCCUCUUAUCCGGUACGAAGGGGAUGCAGCCAAGAUCGCCUCUCAGCUCGAGCCCCUAUGGAGCAUUCUCCCCUCACCAGAAGCUCGCGCUCAGAAGCUGGGCAGAAACAGGUCCACGGGGCCCACCGCUCUCGCAUCACCCGUCACCGCCAGCCCCUCGGCAAAAGGCGCGCCGUCCCUCUCUGAGAUGGAUGUCCGCUCGCUCAAGUCACUCUAUGACCCCAACGGUUUCCCUAUGUCAGCACGCCCCUCCGGACCCGACUCAUUCUCAGUCGAGGCGUUCGUGGCGCGUGUCCAGGCCCUCAUUGCGGACGACCGCGCACUCAUCGAGCGUCUCAUCCGCUUCGCGCAGGCCCACGACCUGCUCAAGAAGAAUGCGGAGCGGGCGCAGAAGCUCGCACAGGAGAGCAACUCCGCGCUCGAGACGUACCAGAAGCAGGUCAAGUUACUCGAGGAGCGGAACAUCACUAGCAUUGCGAAGCAGACCGCGCUACAAGACGAGGUCUCGAACCUGCAUGAAGCCGUCGAUCGCAUCACUGCUGCCAAGCUCGAGCUCGAGACACAAGCUGCUGAGCAAGCAGAGACCUGCAGACAGCUCACAGACGCGAACAACUCGCUCAGUGCGCAGGUCCUCAAGCUCGCCGAGCAGAGCAACAGCUCGUCAACGUCCGAUGUCGUCCGCAGGAAGCUUGAGGCUGAAGUCAAGAGGCUCGAAGGAGAGGUGGCGAAGCUCGGCGACGAGGUCAAGCGGCUUGAAGCGGAGCUCGCCACAAGCAAGGCCGCCCUGAACAAGGCACACGAGGAGGUCGAAGAAGUUCGCGUCUCACAGCAGACGCAGCAGAUGGCGCUCCUCGAAGAGCUCAACUCGGUUCAGACGGAGAACUCGAACCUUCGUGCGCAGCUGCGGAAAAAGUAACCCAUGGCAUCCUACCGUAGUUCCCACUCUGGAGUUUUGGCUGGAGCUGGCCUUGAUGGCCGGCCUGGUCUCGGACAUUGCGGCUCGGGAUUUGGAUUUUACGGCUUUUGUUGCCGUUUGUCCUCACGCUCAUUUGCUUCGUUCCUCGUCUUUCCUCCUCGCUACAUCACACUUGUUCCGACUGCGAUCAGCCACACCGAGCCCGCCGUCCUCUUCAUAUCUCUCAGUCUCUCGCUAUCUAGGAUAUCCCACUCUUCUUCCUCUAUCUCCUCUUGUUUGGUACACACAUUGUCGAAUGUAUCUCUAUCGCAUAUUGAUAUCCGCGCAUCGCUCGCUCUACUUAUUACCACAUGUUGCAUCCUCGCCCAUGUAAUAUGAUCGUGAAUCUUGG